AUAUAAUAACAAUACUAAUUAAUCCUUCUAUUUUCUUCCUCUAAAAACUUGGCCACCAUGAACAAGUUUUCUUGUUCCAUGGGCAACUCCAUAGAUGUGCUUAAGCUCAUGGUUUGGUGCUUCAUGGCAUCAUUAAUGGUGGUUGGGUUGGCGGCAGCGAAAGUCCGGCAUUUGGAAUGGGAGGUGGAGUACAUGUUUUGGGCACCCGAUUGUGAAGAGCGGGUAGUAAUGGGUAUCAAUGGUCAAUUCCCUGGCCCGACAAUUCGGGCUCAAGUUGGAGAUACCAUUCAUGUUGAUCUUACUAACAAACUUGGUACUGAAGGUGUUGUGAUUCAUUGGCAUGGUAUUAGACAGUUGGGAACACCAUGGGCAGAUGGAACUGCUUUAAUUUCCCAAUGUCCCAUUAACCCUGGUGAGACUUUUACUUACAGAUUCACUGUUGACAAGGCUGGAACAUACUUUUACCAUGGACAUUAUGGAAUGCAAAGAUCAUCAGGAUUAUAUGGAUCAUUGAUAGUAGAUGAAGCUGAUAGACACAAUGAACCUUUUCAUUAUGAUGGUGAAUUCAAUUUGUUAUUAAGUGAUUGGUGGCAUGAAAGUGCUCAUCACCAAGAAGUUGGCCUCAAUUCCAAGCCUUUUCGAUGGAUUGGUGAACCUCAAACUCUACUGAUAAAUGGGAGAGGACAGUACAAUUGUUCCCUAAGGCCAUAUUUUGGCAACUCAUCGGCAAAUCAAUGCAACUUCCAAGGAAGUGAGCAAUGCGCUCCACAACUGCUUAAUGUACUACCAAACAAGACUUAUAGAAUUAGACUUGCGAGUACUACCGCUCUCGCUUCCCUCAACUUUGCAAUCGGGAAUCAUAAAAUGUUAGUAGUCGAAGCCGAUGGAAACUAUGUACAACCAUUCACGGUAGAUGACUUAGACAUUUAUUCAGGAGAAAGCUACUCGGUUUUAAUCAACACAAAUCAAAACCCGAAUCAAAACUAUUGGAUAUCAAUAGGAGUUCGAGGAAGACAACCAAGAACACCACCGGCUCUUACUUUAAUUCAUUACAUAACAACGUUAGCUUCAAAUCUUCCAACAAUACCACCCCCAAUUACUCCUACAUGGAAUAAUUACACUCAUAGUAAAUUUUUUACUAACAAAAUAUUUGCCCUAAUGGGAUCUCCAAUUCCACCAAAAACUUAUAAUCGUCGUAUUAUUCUCCUCAAUACUCAAAAUCGAAUCGAUGGAUUCAUGAAAUGGGCUAUAAACAAUGUAUCCUUUGUUUUUCCCCCCACUCCUUACUUGGGUUCGAUUCGAUUUGGGCUCAAAAACGCAUUCGAUCAGGCAAAUCCACCCGAAACUUUCCCUUCAAAUUAUGAUAUAAUGAAUCAAGCACCAAACCCUAAUGCUACAUAUGGGAAUAGUGUUUAUAAACUUGAGUACAACACAACCAUAGACAUAAUUUUACAAAAUGCAAAUGCAUUAGCACAAAAUGUAAGUGAAAUUCAUCCAUGGCAUCUUCAUGGUCAUGAUUUUUGGGUGUUGGGCUAUGGAGAAGGUAAGUUUAGUAAAGAAGAUGAAGAUAAAUUGAAUCUAAAGAAUCCACCAUUGAGAAAUACAGCAGUGAUCUUUCCAUAUGGGUGGACAGCCUUAAGAUUUGUGGCUGAUAAUCCUGGUGCAUGGGCUUUUCAUUGCCAUAUUGAGCCUCAUUUGCAUAUGGGUAUGGGUGUUGUUUUAGCUAUUUCUAUUGAUAGAGUUAAGGGUAUUCCUAGUAAUGCUCUUGGUUGUGGUCUUACAAGUAAGAUGUUUUUGAAGAAGAAUAUUCUACCUUGAUUCAUGAUCAUUCUAUGAGUUACUAUAUACUUAUUCCAUUCUAAAAUACUUGCACCCGAUUGUGACAUAUUUUAUGGAAAAAUGUCACUAUCAGUAGCAAGUAUAAUAGAACGGAGAAGUAUAGAUUUGUUGAAAAUGAUGCAAGAUAAGGGUUUGAGAUUAAGGGGGAGAUCAUCAGAGUCAAGACACAAAAAAUGAGCUUACGAAUAGAUCUAAUAAUUAGAGAUAUGAUGAAUUUUCGAUUUUGUUUUGGUUGAUGGUACCAUUGCUUGAUCCUUGAUCUUAUGAUCUAAUGAGUCACUUUAGGGUUUGAAGUUGUGGACUUGAAACCCUAGUUUAUUCUUAUUUAUUUAUUUUGCUUAUUUAUGAGCUUGAUUUUGUGGAUGUAUUGAUCAAUAAUAAUUUAUCAUUGUUCAAAUUGUGUUUUAAUUAUGUUAAUGCACUUUAAUAAACUAAAUAAAUAAAUUGGCUUCCUAGUACA